GCCUUCAAAGUCAGAGUCGUACAUGUACUUGUUAGGAAGAUUUGUGUUGGCCUCAACUAAAAGAACAAAGCUGGAUUACACGGAGGAGCUGGGAGCUCCAAACAGACGAUGGAAUCAUGCAAUCAGAGGAGGAUCCAGAAGAACAUGCUGAUGAACUCAAUGCCAGUGAGACGAAUGAGACAAGCUGGACAUGGAGUCAGACCAUGAACUACGUGGGGCAGCUGGCGGGUCAGGUGUUCGUGCAGGUGAAGGAGCUGUAUAGAGGCCUGAACCCUGCCACCCUGUCAGGCUGUAUCGAUGUCAUUGUGGUGCGUCAACCUGACGGUUCCCUGCAGUGUUCACCCUUCCAUGUCCGCUUUGGCAAGAUGGGGGUCCUGCGCUCCCGGGAGAAAGUGGUUGACAUAGAGAUUAACGGGGAGCCCGUCAGCCUGCACAUGAAACUGGGAGAGAACGGCGAAGCCUUCUUUGUGACGGAGACUGAGAGCGAUAUGGAGAUGUUGCCGCCUUACCUGGCAACAUCCCCCAUAAUGACUGAUGGCUCAGCUUUGAUGGAAUCCCAGGUAGGAAAAGGAGUGUCUCGUCUGUCCGAGGCUGUAAGUGGGACCUCCAUCCACUCCCUGGGCCCCUUGCAGACCUCUGGAGACAACAGUGUAACAAAGAAGCGGAGGAAGAGGAGAAGAAAGUCCAAACUGGACAGUGUGAAGCGAGAGGACAAUGGGGAGUCGUCAGAUGAGGAUGAGGACAUGUUCCCUAUCGAUAUGAGUUCUGAUGAAGAUGCAGAAACCACAGCUAGCAGAACUAUAUCACAUGACCCUGACACUAAGCAGGCCAGUGGUGGUCAAUGCACAGUAUACUCACAGUGUGAUGAAGACUGGACACACAUGCAAAGCACAAGGAUGGAGCAGACACAUACUCUGCCCAUACCAGCUAAUGAAGGGCUGUCCAUCUCUUGCCCCCAACAAACGUCAGCAUUUCCAUCCACGAUGAGCCCAGGAAAUGGCUCCUUACCUUCUUCCCCCAAGAGUGACUCAGAACUGCUAUUCAAACAGAUGGCCAGGGGGAAGCCAGAGAACCCUGAGAUGCUAUGGGCCUGGGGAGAGCUUCCUCAUGCUGCCAAGCCUUUGAUAAAGCAGCCUGUGACUGAGCCCCUGGUUGUGACUCCAAUGUCAAUCCCCAUGUCAGAAAGCACACACUUCCGGGCCAUCACUGGAGAUGGGAUGGUGGAGCCCCUGAAUGAAAGUCCUUCAGCACUCAGCCUGAAUGUGCCUGACCUCAGGGCUGGAGAGGCAGCAGCGGCCCCAGUGCCUUCUCCUUACGAGGAGGUGGAGGUCAUUGGUGCAGCUGCUCGCCUCAUCAGUGACCCGGAAGAUGAACCACACAGCCCUGGGAUUCAGACCCUCAGCAAAACUGACUCUCCAUCAAAGAGAAAAGAUAAGAGAAGUCGUCACCUUGGAUCAGACGGGGUUUAUCUGGAUGAUCUUACAGAGCUGGAGCCAGAAGUAGCAGCUCUCUACUUUCCCAAGAGUGAUGGUGCGAAUGCAUUUAGAGGAUUAGCAGAGUUUAGGAGUGCCAAUCAGUCACCUCAGUCAGUGGGCAGCAGCGGCAUGGACAGUGGCGUGGACAGCUUUUCUGACCAAUUAGGAGACCUGCCUAAUAUUGCCAUUUCUCUGUGUGGAGGUCUAACAGAGAACCAGGAGAUAACUAGAGAGGAAUUUCAGGAGAGAGCGAUUUCUUAUCAGGAGUUUGCUGAUAAUCCAUCCAUUAUAGAUGACCCUAACCUUGUUGUAAAGAUUGGAACAAAGUAUUACAAUUGGAGUACAGCUGCUCCUCUCUUGCUGGCUAUGCAGGUGUUCCAGAAACCCCUGCCAAAGUACUCUUGCCUGAGUUACGUUUACUCUGCUUUCGGAUUCUUCACUUACUGUUUUCCUAGCGUGUUUGGUUCCAGUCCUGCUGCGGUGGAGGACAUCAUGAAGGAGAAGAUGCCCAAGAAAGGAGGACGCUGGUGGUUCUCAUGGCGUGGGAGGAACAGCAGCUCCAAAUCGGAAUCUGCAGCAGAUCAAGUGGAGAGUGGAGAGCAAGCGAUGAUAACAAGCAGCAGGUUAAAGGAUGAAUCCUCCUCGAGCGAUGAAGACAGCAGAGCUACUAACCAGAAAACAACAUGCAGCCAGCAGGAGCCUCUCCUCAGUCCCAGUAACGUCUGCUACAGGAAGACCCUGCGCUUGUCCUCGGAGCAGCUCGCCAGUCUGCACUUAAAAGAGGGCCCCAAUGAGGUGGUCUUUAGUGUUACCACUCAAUACCAGGGUACCUGUCGCUGUGAAGGAACCAUAUAUUUGUGGAACUGGGAUGAUAAAAUUGUGAUUUCAGAUAUAGACGGAACCAUCACCAGAUCAGACACCCUUGGACACAUUCUACCAACACUGGGCAAAGACUGGACCCAUCAGGGCAUUGCCCGCCUCUACCACAAAGUCAGCCAGAACGGAUAUAAGUUCAUGUAUUGCUCUGCGCGGGCGAUCGGUAUGGCUGGCAUGACGAGAGGUUACCUGCACUGGGUAAACGAGAGAGGCACCAUGCUGCCUCAGGGUCCUGUUCUCCUCAGUCCCAGCAGCCUGUUCUCCGCCCUACACAGGGAGGUCAUUGAGAAAAAGCCAGAGAAGUUCAAAACUGAGUGUCUGACAGACAUUAAGAACCUUUUCUAUCCAAACACAGAGCCUUUCUAUGCUGCCUUUGGAAACAGAGCUACUGAUGUGUAUUCAUAUAAGGAGGUGGGAGUGCCCCUGAACCGCAUCUUCACUGUAAACCCUAAAGGAGAGCUCAUCCAAGAACAUGCAAAGACCAACAUAUCCUCGUACGGCCGUCUGUGUGAGGUGGUUGAUCAUGUCUUCCCUCUGCUGAUCAGAGGCAAUACGUCUGACUUCCCCUGCUCAGACACCUACAGCCAGUUCACCUACUGGAGAGAGCAGCUGCCAGAGCUGGACAGGCCAGAUCAGACUGUGGAGACCAGCUAAGGGAAUCGGCACACAGCAUGCUCAGUUUCCCUGUCUGAACAACAACACAUCUCUGCCAUGACAAGGCCACGCCAGACUUCCUGGCUGCUUGAUCUGCUGUAGAUCUAGAACUUUGUGUUAUUACUGUGAAAUGAAGCGUCUAGAAGCAGCAACAGCUGAGCAACAAAAUGGUAGACAAUGCAAAUCCUCACAGAUUAGAGGUGCUGAGCACUGAAGCACGCUAAAAAUCACCUAUCCUCACCACAGAGGUUUAAACUGUCCCUGGACGCAUCAGCAAGAGAGCAACUGUGUGUUACAAGCUUCAGGAAAUGGGUGUAUAAGGCUGAGAACCUGCACACGAGCCUGAGAGCACUACAUGUAAUGCCAGGCGUUACCUGGAGUUGUGUAAAGCGCCGUCACUGGACUCUGGGGCAGUGGAAACGUGUUCUCUUAAGUAAUAAAUCGUGCUUCACUAUCUGGCCGUCAGGUUUGGUGAGCACCAUGUCCCAGAAUGCUAAAUGACAACUGUAAUUUUUGUUGAAGGAGUGAUAAUCUGGGACUGGUUUUCAGGGUUUGGACCCCUCAGUUCCAGCGAAGGGUGAUUUUAAUGCUACAGCACAAAGACGUUUUAGACAAUUACAUACUAAACAGUUUGGGGAAGAACCUUUCCUGUUCCUGCAUGUGCAUAGUGAAUGUGCCCUGACCUUCUCAUCCAACAUCAGCGUCUGACCUCAGACACACCCCGAAAUCUUGGGGAAGAACUUCCCAGAACAGCGGAGGCUGAUGUAGGGAGACCAACUCCGUAUUAAUGCUCAUGGUUUUAGAAUGCCUUAUAUGAGUAUCAUGGUAAGGUGUCCACAUAUUUUUGGCCAUGCAGUGUGGUCACCAUGGCAAUCAUAUUUGUUCUUAAACCAACACUAAAACUACAGAGUACAUAUAAGAAAAUGAUUAUUUGAAAAAAAAGACUCAUUAAUCUGAAAAAUGCGUUUUAAAGAUAUUACUGUCAAACAGUGCAGAGAAACACAAGGUGUGACGGCAGCAGCCGUCAGUCUCUCAGGACUAAAAGGAUUUACAUACUCUAAGUAUGUUAUUCAGUCAAAUCACAACAGCUCAUUUCUUUAUGCAGCUCUUUUGCACCCGCUCGGUUACAAACAUGAGGAAAGACGUAAUCUUAGCAACUUUUUGCUGGAUUUAGAGCAAAAUACCUUUCAGAAGUAUUUCUUUUUAAGCUACAUUCAUUCGUACGUUCAUUCCUUUAUAUUUGUUGUUUUUUCCUAAGAUUGUACAAAUGAUUAGUCAGCAAACUCAGUAGAUCUUUAGACCUGUGAUAGGAGGAACUCAGGGUCUCCAAGCUUCCCUAAGUUAAUGCUUCUCAGUACAGAUAAUUCAGGCUAACAGAAAUAAAGGUAGUUUAUUUUUUUAAAUAACAGUUUUAAAAGCUGAUGUCUAUUACUAAAACAUAUAUAAUAGAUUAAGAUGAAAAAGAUGAGCUAAAUCAUCAGAGAUUUAUUUUUGAGAAGUCUGCAUGUUGUAUGGCUCAGAAACGUCCAGUGUGCAGAAUGUGAUUUAUUUUUCUGAUAAAUGUUAAAAGCUGAUGUAUUUAUUGUUGAAUGUACAAAUAGAGGGUGUGAAUGGUUUACAGGGUUGCCAGAUUGCUUUAAUGGUUACCAGCCAAAAAAUGCAUUAAACUUCGUAUUGGAAACUGUUAAAGGUCAGCAUUUCAAUCCAUAUAUUAACUAAUGAUGAUGUCAUAUUAACUGAUGAUGUUUUGCCUGUCUUUAGAAAACACACACAAUUCUGAUUAUAUCAGAAAAGUAAAUAAAUAAUAAAUUGAAAGAAGCAUGAAAGAAAAAUGAAAGCCGGACUAUCAGUAAAGCUGAGUGAACUGGGUAAUUACAGGCAACUUCCUCCGCUCAACAGGAGUGAAUAAAAAUAAUGAUGUCACUCAAAAUUUAGAAAACGAUAAAGGUCUACUCACAUUUCAGCCGUAUUGCUCAAUAACGCAAUUUAUUAACGUUCUAUAUCUUUUACAACCUGACCAUAUCAAACCAGCCCAAUCUGACCAAAAUCCACAGCUUUUGGCAGGAAUCCGCGUUAUCUGGCAACACUGGAAAUGUUUUAUUGACAGGCUGCUCUAAACUACAGCAUCACUGCUGUCAGAAGAAAAUCUCAACAGUUUUUGAGAUGAUGUGAGAAAGCCCAUUGAUCUUUACAUCGUAAGUAAAUUUCAUGGUGAAUGGGCUAAAAGAAACGACCCAAAAGGACUUGGUACGUCUGGUCCCAUUGAACCAUUGAACCUACUUACAUUAAAAGUGUGUGUUCCCAUUUUGGAGAUGUGAGGUUUUGUUCCGACUGCAGUGAAACGCUUACGAGCAGAAAUACUUCAGUUAAACUUUUAUUUUAGCAUGUAAAGCAAUCAGCACAUAUGUUUAGAUGAGUAACCUGGAUUGACUGUUUGAAAGCAGCUGUUGUUCCAGUGACCUAGAAAAAUGUGGUAUUAAUCAAAGCAACGUUAAAAAUGCAAAUGAUCCUCUUUUUUUUCAGGGAAAAGUCUUUAAUUCUUUCAGUAAAAGAUAAAACAUUGUUUUUUUUUAUCAUGUUGAGUGUAAACCACUACAAACCAUCACACUGUGAGUGACUGUUGGUGUCUCUGCAAGAGCGUUUUCUUUGGUCUAGGAACCCUGAGCAGAACCCUGAGUAGAACCCUGAGCAGAACCGCUGGGUCAUCACUGAACUCUGGUUACCUGGACUUGCAUUGUGUAAAAGCUAAUCUGACUGGUUUAUUAGGGGUUAGUGAGAUCCUGGGCCAGAACCUGGUCUUUCUGUCUCUGUGGAUUGGGAUUUUCUUUCUGUGAAAGAUUUCAUGGCCUACGCUGGGUUAAUGUGUUGGUCCGGUCUCUCAGAUCAAACUUAUGAUGCACAUCUGGACCUGUUUAAUAAACUCUCACAAUUACAAGAA